AAAUCUAUUAUUCACAUGUUCCGUGUCACAUGACACACUUUGUUGUUCCGCUAGCUUGAUCAGCUGACAAAUGUUAGUCUUGUGACUUACCUAAUAAAAGCGUGUAAACAUUAUCAGAGCGAUACCAUUGAAUAGAAGAUAUACCAAUAGAUAAUGAAGUUACUAGCAGUUCUGUGUGUGCUGUUUGUGUCAGCAUGGGCUGUUCCAUUGACUGAGGAGAAUUUUCUCUAUAAUGACAUAGUAGAUGCUGUCAACAUGCAACAGACAUCAUGGAAGGCUGGUGAAAACUUCGAAUUCAUUCCAAAACAAGACAGACUUGCUUACGUAAAGAAACUUUGUGGUGUAUUGCCAACUCCAGAACACAUGAAACUUCCAGUCAAAAACAUUGUAGCUGCACAGGACCUUCCAGAUACCUUUGAUUCCAGAACACAAUGGCCAAACUGUCCAACAAUCAAAGAAGUCAGAGACCAAGGAGACUGUGGAUCUUGCUGGGCCUUUGGUGCAGUAGAAGCUAUGUCUGAUAGAAUCUGUAUCAAGUCUGCAGGAAAAGUAAAUGCUCAUUUAUCAGCCGAAGAUAUGAAUGAUUGUUGUAGGACCUGUGGAAAUGGAUGUAAUGGAGGUUUUCCUGAGGCAGCUUGGCAGUACUGGGAAAAAGACGGUCUUGUAACUGGAGGCCAAUACAACACUAAACAGGGAUGUCAGCCAUACACCAUCAAGGCUUGUGAUCAUCAUGUUGUUGGCAAACUAGAGCCAUGUGCAAAGAAAGAUUCUAAGACCCCUAAGUGUACACAUAAAUGUGAAGCGGGUUAUAAUGUAUCUUAUACUCAAGAUAAACAUUUUGGUAUGUCUGCUUAUGCUGUACGAAGAGAGGAAACACAAAUUAUGACAGAAAUUAUGACUAAUGGUCCAGUAGAGGGUGCUUUCACAGUAUAUGCUGAUUUCCCAACUUACAAAUCAGGUGUAUACAAGCAUACAACAGGAAGUGCUUUAGGAGGCCAUGCUAUUAAACUUAUUGGAUGGGGAACAGAAAAUGGAGAUAAAUACUGGCUGGUUGCCAACUCAUGGAACCCAGACUGGGGAAAUGCAGGUUUCUUCAAGAUUCUGAGAGGUAAUGAUGAAUGUGGAAUUGAAUCCGGUAUUGUAGGAGGUGAACCAAAAUUGAGCUAAAAAUAAAAACAAUUUAAUUAGACUUUUAUAAUUUGUUUUUGGUAAAAAUGACUUACAUUUAUAUGAAAAUGAUAUAUUUUUGUAAUUAAAAUUAAUGUUUUGAA